ACUGGUUAAACUCAUAACAGAAACAUGAAUCACAUGAAGAGAAUCUUUAACCAAGAAAAAAAGGUUUUUCCAUUGACUUUUACUGUUUACCUCAUUUUACUCUCUUUUUACUCUUCAUCACCAGUACCAUCAUCAUAAUCAUCAUCAUCAUCAUCAGAUUGAGUCUCAUCUUGUUACGGGUUUCAUUAGUGAAGUAAAAGGAAACAUUUGAAAAAUGAUUUCAACUGCAAUCCACUGAUUUAACCUUAAAACUGUGAUUUUCAUUUCUUUGUUCAGUCUAUCCAUGUCAGUCCAUGUGUCGACCAUACAAUGACCCGAUCAAGUGAGAUUAACUGCCUUAACAGUGUUGCAAUGAUGUGAGAUUUUAAUUUAAAAUCAAAUCAUUUGCUCGUCAUAACCCAAAAGCAAAGGUUGAUUCCAAUGGGAAGGCCUUUGCCUUGUCUGCAUCAACUCGGGUCUGUAACUAGCCAAGUCUACAGUCAUUUUUCAUGGACAAAAUUUCGUCUCAUUAAACUUGUUAAACAGUAAAAGGUUUUACUAAUUGUUAGCCAAUGUCUCUUAUUGCCAUCAUUUUUUUACCUUGUUUCAAAACGUAAUCUCAUCGAGAAAUUCAUUGCACCAUGAGGAUGGAAAAAGGUAAACAAACACUUGACAUUACCAUUUGUUGUUGUAAAGAUGAUUAUUAUUGGUGAACAUACACAGGGCUGAAAAUAAUAGCAACAAUAAUCUGUUAUAAAUCGCAGACUCGCAAAGGAAUUAAAGUGAACCAUUAUGAGGAAUCUCAAGUGGAUUGGUUGGAUUAAAAGAUGUUUAUAUUGAUUCACAUGUUUCUCUAUUGGGUCCAAUCGUUUUUCAUUGAAAAACCAAUAUUUUCCAAAUCAAGUGAUUCACAAUCAGAUUCAACCUCUGAUCAUUCACCAUCCUUACAGGCAAAAUUGGAAUCAAAAGUUUACCGUAAAUCUAAAUCUGCUAAAUUGCCUUUUAAUAUGAAAAAUUUUGAUGCCGAUUCGGAUCAUGAAUCGACCAACUCAUCAAAUGGUAAAACAUUAACCUCAUCAACCAGCCAACAACCUGGAGUGUCAACAGUGAUAACAACCACACGACCAAUAGGUUCACCAACAGUCACAUCCAAUGCACGUUCAUCUUCAUCUUCAAGUGUCAACUCGGGUCCAAACGAGUCAGUCCACAGCAACAGUACCAACAGUAUAAACAGCAAUUCAUCAAGCAACUCACCGACAACCGGUUUAACAGGAGCCAUUGGUAUGACCCAAUCAAGUGCAAGUUCAUUUGCCUGUAAACAGCGUCGUCAGCGUUUAACCACAACACGAUCUCAAUCAGCUUCAAUUGCAAUGACAACCUCACAUCCAAUUCAUCAUCAUCACGUUCAUCGAUCAUCUUAUCCCUCAGAGUUGAGACCUAUCGGUGGUAUCAGGUUAGCCUCAAGGUUUACGAGGAAUCGAUCCUCGUCAAGCUUUGACGUUGAUGAUUCCGGUUCACCCAAUAAACAUCUUGAUGCAACCAGUCCAAGCACAGGCCUUGUCCUCCAAAACAUGCCUUCUCGUCGUGAAUCAUUUCUUUAUCGAUCCGAUUCAGAAUUUGAGAUGUCACCAAAAUCAGUGUCUCGUCAUUCUUCAAUCGGAAGCGGUGAAUCACAUGGCGAAGAAGUGAUUGUUACACCAUUUGCCCAAAUACUGGCAAGCCUUCGAAAUGUGCGAAAUAAUUACAUCUACCUUACCAAUGUUCCGAUUUCUGCUUCUAGGCCUCGGGAAAGUCGACGAUCCUCAACUAGCAAUUCUGCCAAUUUCCCGAUACAAGGUAAAUCAGCAUCUGAGGAGGUUAAUGCAAACUUAGCACUGAAUACUUUAGAAGAAUUGGAUUGGUGCUUGGAUCAAUUGGAAACCAUUCAAGCUCACAGAUCUGUUGGUGAUAUGGCUACAAAUAAAUUUAAAAGAAUGCUCAAUAAAGAAUUGAGUCAUUUUUCUGAGUCAAAAUCUGGAAGUCAAAUUUCAGAAUAUCUUUUACGAACUUAUCUGGAUAAACAAGAAGAUUUUGAUUUACCAUAUUUAAGAGCUGAAGAUGGAUCAGUUUCACAAUUACAAGCUCAUGUAUUUGCUUCAGUUGCUUCAGGAGCUACUAAUUUCCCCAAUAUCUGUAGAAAUAUGCCAACUGGUAUCUCAUCUGGAUCACAACCGCAACAGUCUAGUGGUGGUAGAGCCAAACCAGGUCUUUCGAUGUCCCAAAUAACGGGUGUUCGUAAAAGCACUCUUUCCCAUACCAACAGUUUGUCCAAACUUCCUAAAUAUGGAGUUGAAACAAUCCAUGAACCUGAGCUUGCUAAACUUUUCAAUGAUGUAAAUAAAUGGGGUUUGGAUGUAUUUAAGGUUGCUGAAUACUCCAACUCACAUCCUCUUACAGCAACCAUGUAUACAAUUUUUAGGGAAAGGGAUCUCCUCAAAACUUUCAAGAUAUCCUCCAAGAAAUUUGUAACUUGUGCAAUGACACUAGAAGAGCACUACCUCAAUGUACCGUAUCAUAACAGUACCCACGCUGCUGAUGUCACACAAUCUGUCCACGUCCUUCUACUAGCGCCAGCCCUUGAGUCCGUCUUUACUGAUUUAGAGAUACUCGCAGUACUUUUUUCAGCAGCCAUUCACGACAUCGACCAUCCCGGUGUUACCAAUCAAUAUCUAAUCAAUACCAGUUCAGAAUUGGCUUUAAUGUAUAAUGAUGAAUCCAUAUUAGAAAAUCAUUCGCUCGCAGUUGCCUUUAAGAUUCUUCAAGAUGAAUUAUCUGAUAUAUUUGACAAGUUAACUAAAAAACAGCGUCAAACUUUACGUAAAAUGACUAUUGAUAUGGUUCUUGCAACAGACAUGUCCAAACAUUUAAGUCUUUUAGCUGACCUAAAGACAAUGGUUGAAACUAAGAAAGUUGCUGGGUCCGGAUUUCUGCUUUUAGAUAAUUACACAGAGCGAAUACAAGUUUUACAGAAUAUCAUUCAUUGUGCCGAUUUAAGUAAUCCAACAAAACCUCUUCAUUUAUAUCGUCGUUGGGUUAAUAUGAUCUUUGAAGAGUCUUUCAUACAAGGUGAUAAAGAAAGAGCUCAAGGUCUUGAUAUCAGCCCGAUGUGUGAUCGACAUAAUACUGUUAUUGAAAAGUAUCAGGUUAGCUUCAUCGAUUAUAUUGUCCAUCCAUUGUACGAAACAUGGGCUGACUUAGUUAACCCAGAUGCACAGGAAAUCUUGGAUGCAUUAGAAGAGAACCGAGAUUGGUUCCAGAGUCAAAUCCCAGCAAGUCCUCCAUCAGAUGACAAAUCUGAAAAUAAAUCGCAAACCAAUCAACAAUCACAACAGGCACAAGAGAAGCAAGAGAAACAACAGCCUGGUAGUGAGGAAGAAGAAGAUAAUCGACAUUUGGCCGUACAAGCUGAAAAAAUAAAGUUUCAGAUAACAUUGGAGGAACCAGAAGAAGAUGAUGAUGAAAUCACAGUUUCAGAUGCUAAUCACAAUCAAACGAAACCAAUGAUGGCUGAUAUAGCAGAAGAUAACAGUCUAGGGGAAUCUGUUGAGAAUUAAUCACCACCAAUGAGAUUGGAAAUGGAUUCCAUGUGUAUAAUUGUUGAAAUACAAAAAUCAGUCCAUUCUCAGUAUAUACUUUGUUGAGGCUUUCAACAGAAAUGUCAAGCCUGAUUUGUGAUUAUGGAAAGUCAUGGCAAAUUAUUUUACUUGAAAAAGGAUUGGAUUGUAUUUUACACAAUUUUUUGCAAAUUUUGGCCAAAUACCGACCAUAUUCUGGUAAAUUUAACCAGAAUAUUGAACCAAUGACAAGUUGGAUUCGAAUCAAAGCAUAGCAAAGAUAUUUAUGUGUUCUCUUGGAUACUCUACAAAACAAACUUCAUCUACCAAUCAACAUUCAUCUUUUUAAAGAAGCGCCAAUUUUAAGUAAACCUUGAAAUAGAUGUUAACUUUUAAAGAUCAAUUCAUUUGAGAGGAGAAAAGGUUAAAGAUUUAUAAUUUAAAUUCUUCAACUUUGACUCUUGUCGAUUAAACUCGUAAUUUUGAUGUUUAAAAAAAUAUCUUCAUCUUAAAACUAUCAUCAUAAUCAUCAACCACACUAUAAUGUAAUAAUCACCACUCAUCGAAUGAAGUAAAGCAAGGAAAAAAACAAAACCAUUAAUCCUGGAAUGGAGACAAUAUAAGUUGGAGGAAAAUGAAGUAAAGAUGGAAUUUUAAAGCCUAAGAUAAAUUGUGAAACACAGCUCUUGGCCAAUUUACGACUUUUCAUACCAAUUGUAAUCUAGUCUAUCCAACGUUAAAAAACCAACUCUACCACAACCACUUGUGAAACUGAUUUUAAAUUGUAAUACCGACGGUAAUUUUGAAACCGUAAAAACCAGUGCCAACAGUUAUACUGCCCUUUCUCCUAGUAUCCAAUUGUAUUAUCAGCACUCUUGUUUCCUUCUCUCUUUUAAAUCUGAAAAGUUACCUUUUUUCUGGUCAUUUUUCUAUGUCCGAUUCACUUUUAUCACCAUUGUUUACCAUGUUUUACCCGUUCGCCGUUCACUCUUUGUUUUCCUCUUCCAUUUUAAUUACAACUGUUACUAAACCUGUUAACAUCUUUAACUGAUUCCUUCUUCGAUAAACUCCCAUCAAACUUGCUUAUCAUUGUUAAUCUUUUUGGGCUUCUAAUAGCUAAAGCAAGUUUAUAAUAUAAUUCAAUCUGGAAUCCACUUAACACCAUUUUACUGAUAGCGUAAAUUUUCAUCCAUUAAAAUCAGCAUCCGAAUCAAAUGUUAUAUGUUACCUGGGAAAAAAAGAAAAAUGAAGAGACGAGAAUUUAUCUACGGAAAAAGCGUGCCAAAUUUGCUAUUCGAAACUCGGAGUUAUCACUGUUACCAUAAUUAUGUUUGACAACUCAUUGGAAUCGAUGAAACGAGUCAAUGAAUCGGAAUAAAUUUUAUACUAAACAAGAAUGAAA